GCCAAGCUCUCUCCCUCUCCCCCCAAGCCCCCCCCCCCCCCAACCCCCCCAACCUAUUCAACUCACCUGUUCAUAUUCAACUCAUGAAUUCUGACCCGUUUGUAACCCCAACCUAGUAGUUGUGUUUUUCAUCCGGGGGGCAGGGUCCAUUGUCCUGGGUCGUCGUCGCCAACGACUUUUGAAACGUCUACCCCCCUUCGUCACGUACCGUUAGAACUCUCUCUCUCUCUCUCUCACACGCACACAGUUCUUCCAGUCAUUCCCUUGCUAUUAAUUUCUGACUACGACGAAGACUACCACUACUAUUCCUGUUCAGCCUCCCAUUGUCCGCGUCUAAUGGCUCCCAAUUGCCUUCGGGAAUUAGGGCCAAUUAUGGUUUUUCUAGCUUUUCUUUUGGAAAUGUAAAAUUUAACUACUUGUGUUGUGUUCUGUGUUUUAGUGUGGUUGAGUGAAGAGUUUUUAUUUCGGAAGUGAGGUUUUUAGAUGGAGGGGGGAAGAGGAGGAGGGGUAUUUUACGUCUUCAUGGAGUUCUGGGCCUCUUCUUUUACUACUAGUAUUUGCCUAAUUCUGGUGGCUUCUCGGUUGUCACCGGCCUCCGGCGAUAUCGAAGGCAAUGCUUUGAUUGCGCUGAAGAACAGCUUAGUUGAUCCUAACAACGUUUUACAAACUUGGGGUCCUACACUUGUCAAUCCCUGCAACUGGGUCCAUGUCACGUGCAACAAUCAAAACAGUGUUACAAUAGUUGCUCUUAGGAAUGCAAAUUUAACUGGGCAACUCGUUCCACAACUUACGCACCUUCGAAGUUUGGAGUACCUAGACCUUAAUACUAACAACAUAAGUGGACAAGUUCCUGAAGAGCUUGGGAAUUUGACGAACUUGGUGAGCUUGGAUCUUUAUCUCAACAACUUGAGUGGUCCCAUCCCAAAAACGUUGGGCAAUCUUCAGAACUUACGUUUCCUGUAUGAAUUACACAUCCUUUGUCUUUUACUUCUAAAAUUAGACAUACACCCUUCUGGUGAACCGAGGUGUUAUAUUAAUGUAGUGCAAUUGUUUCUUUUGUUUGGUCAUUUCUUAGACAUUACAACUCAGACAUUACAACUGAUUCACUCUUUUUAA